GUGAAUUACGGCUUCAAAUUAUAGGUUGGGUAAGUACGAACUAGUGUCCCUGCUGCAGGCCCAAAGAGGUUACGACUUGUUCCAGGACCUACCGAGAGCCGGGGGCAGGGUCAGAAAAUUUACGGCUACUGGCAGCUCUUCCCUUGCUAUCUGCAGGACCGGUCUUUCUCAGGGCAAGAGUUAGAAAUGUGCUGAACUCAUCCUAGUAUAUUAAAUAGAGAACACCGGCAGCCGAUAAAACACUUCCUUACUGAAGAUGGGGCAUCUCCUUUCCCUAAAUCACUUCCAAUUGAUGACAUUUUGUUUAUUUCAUGUCCUGAUUCUAAGCAAUGUAUGACUCCUAGCAGAGUACACUAUCAUCAACUUAGUUUUUUUAAAAAAACCCCCACUUUCCUCAUUCCUGAAAGCUCCCAACCUGGUUGACUUGUUGGAGUACAUUUUAUGCAUUCUUAAUAGCUGGUUUGCAGGAAACGCCUUGUUCAACCACAGUUAGAGGGAUUGAAAGCAGUCAGGAGAGUCCACAGACGGACUGGAUCCUGUUUCUCUAACCACUGAAGCUUUCACUCGGGAUUACCAGCCACCACAGCAUGCUUGUUCCUUUCCCUGAGAAGCGUACACUGCUGGGGCCCAGCUGAAUGCAGUGAACUGAGGUACCAGUAAAGUUCCCGGAGAUGGAAGGAGUGAAGAAAGAUUCCAUCAGGUUGAACAAAAACAAGCAGCAGCCUAUAAAAACAGAAUGGAAUUCUCAGUGUGUUCUCUUUACCUACUUUCAAGGGGACAUUAACAGUGUGGUGGAUGAACAUUUUUCUAGAGCCUUGAGUAACACUAAGGCUCCACAGGACCUGAGCACCAAAUGUAGGAGGGAAGAUGGUAUCUUAAAAAAUGACAAUCACAUGUCUUCCAGUCAGUGGAAUUUCUCUUCUCAGUGGACCAAGCCCCAGCAAGUUUCUCCUGUGAACAGCCUAGCCGGCUGUGGCUUAAAUUUGCCCGCUGCUGCGGCUACCGCUGCUAUGGACCAUUAUCCAGUGCCAGUGAUGAGGAACCAGCCUGACCAUCCUGGAGAUCUGUGGCACUUCCAGUCAAUGGGAAACCCAAGUUCUUCUGGUCCCAGGUACCCUCUGCCCUUUCCUGAGCUUCACAUGGCACAGGGACCAGCGUCCGAAGGAAAAUACGGUUCUCUAUUAAGUCUCCUGCAACAAGAGAGGUGCCUGGGCUGCAGUCAGGAAUCUGAAAUGAAGCAAGAACCUGGCUCUUCCUGUAGUACUGGAACUGCCAGGUUAGCCAGUGUGACUCAGAAUCCUGAUGGCGGUAAAGAGCUGCCAGAGUAAUAAGCUCCCAAACAAACAGAAUGUUUUUCCUUGCUGUGCCACUGAGUUUGAGGGACGAAGAGGUGCUAAUUCCAGCCCCCCUUUGAAAUCGGAAACGGUGGAACAGUCUAUCAAUAAAUCUGUAGACUUAUUUGAGUUACAAACUGUCCUUUGCCCACUCAAUUCGUGUAGUUAGACAAUAUUCACCUCCUGCAUUAAUACCUUGUACAGGAAUAUAUGUACCUUAUACAGGAAUAUAUCACUUUGUUAUCCUGUACUUCCCAAGCACCUAGUACAGUGCCCUGCCCCAAUAGAUUCUCCUCCUACUAAAUGGCAACGUGGAAGGUUUGCUUCUGGAGCUCUUCCUACAGUAGUAACAGUAUUUAUUAAGCACUGAACUAAGCACUGAGAGAGAAUAGCCAGGUGGGAAUUAAACAUGGUCCCUGUCCCUCUGGAAAGCUGGUGUGUUUUUGCAGCAUCUUAACAGAGAGAAGACAGGACUGCCAAGUAAUGUGUGAAGUGCACCUCCUGGGAUCUGCUCUUAUAAUGGAGGUUUUAGACACCACACUGUCACUUUUUCCU